AUGUCGCCUACUGGCAUUAAUUGGAACCCCAAGCGCACUCAUGACGAAGUGGACAAGAUUUUAUGCGCACCCAAUGCUCUGCAUGAAUUAGAGACUCGAGAAAUAGACGGUCAAGUGCAACGCGUUUAUAAGAAUCUAUGGCCUUCUCUUCGUAUCUUCUGGCUUUCUGUCUCGAAACAACAUUCAGACAAGACGUGUGUUGUGUACGAGAAUCAACGUCUCACCUUCGGUGAAGUGGCAGAACGCGCGGCCAGAGCAGCUAGCAUUUUUAGGAAUCUAUUCGGCGUCAAAAAAGGUGACCGUAUCGCAAUAUGUUCUCGAAACUAUCCUGAAUAUCUUGUCUUGUUCUGGGCAUGUCACCUCAUCGGAGCUGUUUCAGUCCUGGUAAACGCUUGGUUACCAUUAGAUCCCUUGAAACAUUGUCUUUCUCAAACAACCUGUACGCUGAUCUUUGUGGAUAGUGAACGAGCGACUCUGCUCUCGCCGGCCGUCGCUGAGAUUAAGUCGAAGGCUCGAACAAAGGCUUUCCUCGUUCUCGAAGCCCAUGAGGGGAAAGGUUCAUGGCCUGCAAUGGAAAACUGGACAACCCGAUUCGAAGGAUACAAUGGAAACCCACAGCAAGUGUUGGCGGAAGACCCGCGCAUAGUACCUGAAGACGAUGCGACUAUUCUCUUCACUUCUGGUACUGGCGGCACACCAAAGGGCUGUCUGAGUACGCAGAGGGCAUUCCUUUCAAAUUUGUUCAAUAGUCUUGCUAGUAUGGGUCGGGCAAUGCUGCGGCGCGGUGAAAGCUUGGUUUUCGGAGCCCCUCCAGGCCCUCAAGCCGCUCUCUUUCUUCCCACGCCACUCUUCCAUUCUGCAGGGACAUCCCUUUUGAUGAUAGGGGCUCUUACUGGCGGUAAAUUGGUCUUGAUGCGCCAAUGGAAUGUAGAGAAUGCUGUUCGGUUGAUUAAGCAGGAAGGCAUCGUCUUCAUCGGAGGAGUACAAUCUACCAUUUCAGAUAUGGCAAAUAGUGAGGCGAAAGGCGCGCCGCUCAGAACCAUCUUGUACGGCGGUGCUUCAGUCUCACCAUCUCAGGCCAAACGUGCUCUGAGCGCAUUUCCUACUGCAUCAUUGAGCCACGCGUAUGGGUUGACCGAAACAAACGCUACGACUGUAUCUUUCAGCGGGGAAGAUUACCUGGCAAGACUUGACAGUUGGUCUGAUACUUCUCCCAUUUCUUACAAUGGCUCGCUGAGUUUUUUUGAUUCGGUUCAUCACAGCGGUAGACCUAUGCCCGUCGACGAUGUACUUAUCAUGUCAGCAGACGCUACAGAGUGUCCGACUGGCAUUGUUGGUGAAGUUUGGUUGAGAGGGCCGAACAUUAUGAAGGGCUACUGGGGUGACCCAGUUGCAACCAGUAAAGUAAAGUUUUAUGAUUCAAUCCGAAAAGGGCAAUCACUCAAAUUAAAGAAGGUUCUUACCAAGGACGGUUGGCUCAAGACCGGAGAUAUGGCUUAUAUGGACAAGGAGGGAUUUUUGUACAUUAAGGAUAGACUAAAAGACAUUAUCAUUCGUGGAGGUGAAAACAUAGACUCCAUUUCCGUUGAAAAUGCACUAUAUACCGAUGACGGAGUCCAGGAGGCUGCAGCUGUAGGGGUUGCGGACGCUAGGCUCGGAGAACUGGUUACCGCUCUGGUCACUGUCAAACCCGAGCACAAAAAAAGAGUUAAUGUUGCAGGCUUGAUGGAUGUGGCUCGCAAGAAUCUACCCAAGUUUGCUGUACCAGUCAUGAUCUUGAUUAGAGAGCAGGAUUUUACACAUACACCCUCUGGUAAGAUUAUCAAAGGAGAACUUCGCAAAAUAGCGGCCGAAGAAUGGGCUAAACGACAGAACUCACAAACAGAUCGGGGCAAGCUGUAA